GUCUGCCACGAAACCCGCAGACUAUGCCACCUUGAAUAUUUAGAGCUACGAAUACAAUUAUAAUGAGAAAAUAAAAAGGCAUUCGCUUCGGUGUUGGUUUGUUUUUUCCUAUUAAUUGCCUCAACAAUAAACUAAUUCAUACAACCCGGAUUAUAGUCGACAUCAAUCGCAUAACCUACUAGCCCACUUUUUACACUGCGACUGUAUUCCGCUUUGGAAAUAUUUCCACGCAGAUCUAAGAUCACACUGAACACAGACUAAGUCAAUUCCACUAUACAUUUGCAUUGUAUUGCAUUUACCGUACUUCCAUUCAGUCGAUCAUCUUUGUUUCCCCCCACAAGCCACACCGUGCUUAUCAGCAGCAACAGACAGAGAGAGAAAGUUCAGCUACCUUUCGCCAUAAGAAAUCUGCUGAUCUGCAAAACUCUUAUCAACAGCAAAUCAUCACUUCGGCAUAGCCACAAGCACCCGCCAGUCCAACAGUGUUCGCCGUGUAACUCUAUCGCGCUUACAAGAUCUCUCCCCGAUCCAUUCCGACAGACCAAAUGGUCACCAAACUGUGGUCGGUCCUGCUCGUACUGUCCAGCCUGUUUACGGCUGCUUUACUAUCAGCUACUUCCGGUCGACACGGUGAUGCCCCGUUCAACGAUCGCUUCCUCAAUCAGGUGCUGGAGCGCGCAAAAACAUGGACCCCGGAUACGUCGUUCGAAGCGGGCAUCCGCUUCAGCACAUUUCGCAAUUUGGAUGGUAUCUACCAGAGCCAGCUGGAUUUUACGCUGCCGACAAAAAGGCACCACACAAUCGAAGAAGUGCACAUUCCGAAACAGUUCGAUGCAAGGGAAAAGUGGCCGUACUGCAGGUCGAUUGCGGUGAUUCGGAAUCAAGGAACAUGCGGAUCAUGCUGGGCCGUGGCUGCUGUUAGCGUGAUGUCCGAUCGGUUGUGCAUUCAUUCGCAGGGAAGGCUGGAUGUGGACCUAGCCGCGGAGGAUCUGAUGGCAUGCUGUAAGGAUUGUGGAAAUGGGUGCAAUGGAGGCUUUCUAGAUGGGUCUUCCUUUCAAUACUGGGUGGAUGUUGGGUUGGUGAGUGGAGCACCGUUCAAUAGUACGGAAGGGUGCAAACCCUAUCCAUUCAAACCGUGCGAAUAUCCGUUCAAAAACUGCCACAAGGAAGAAACUCCAAGAUGUUCGCAUCACUGCGUACACGGAUUCGAUGGCAGAUAUCGAACGAAUAAAUUUUUCGGCCGCGUCGCCUACAAGAUUCCGAACGACGAGCGAAUGAUUCAGGUGGAGAUUAUGACCAACGGACCAGUGGAGGCGGGUUUUACUGUGUACGAAGAUUUGUUCCUGUACCGGAGUGGUGUGUAUAAACACGUUGUGGGGAAACAGGUUGGCAAACACGCGAUUAGGAUCAUCGGCUGGGGGAAGGAACAAGGGCUACCAUACUGGCUGAUUGCCAAUUCGUACGGACCGGCGUGGGGCGAAAAAGGUUACCUGAAGAUGCUGCGAGGAUCAAAUCAUUUGGGCAUCGAGAAUACGGUAAUAGCCGGGUUACCCAAAGUGUGAUGAGAAAUUUGAGUGUUAAUGGUGGUUUUUUUGGCAUUCUGCAGAACACAGCUUAUUUGGGAAUCAUAAAAGUUAUGAUAGUUAAAGUUGAAAACUUGUGUAUUCGAACUCAUUUAAUAUUUCGCUCCAAUAAAACAUUGAUUUGAAAUUCGUU